AUGUUGUCAUUGGUACUCAGAAGAUCACCAGUGCUAUCACAGGGUUGCCUUGGCAACAUCAUGAGAGCAGAGCCAAAGAAGGGUGCUCCCGUUGGAAAGGGUGCCCCUGUAAAGAAGAAGGCUGGUGGUGGAAAGAAGAAGAAGAAUGAUAGAGGACCUAAUCCAUUGGACUUGGCAAAGGUAUCGCCACAUCUGUUCAAUGCAGAUCUGCUGCCAAAGACUAAUGCAGACUAUCCAAGUUGGCUGUUUGAGAUCGAUGAACAACUGCCCAGAGAUAAGCCAGUAAAGAUUCUGACACCUGCCGAUGGCGAUCGUUAUUACAAGCAACAAAACAGAAAGAGUAUCAAGCUACACAACGAGAUCAUGUUGGCGACCAAAGGAAAGGGACUAUAA